AUUCAAGUCAGAUCUUCAAAGGAAUCAAGAUCCACAAUCCGGGAUGGAGUCUUUCUUUACCGUACUCUUUCUUACCCAAACCUCUCUAUGCUUUAAAGACAUCUUUUACCAUACACAAUAAAGUGGAUAUACAUACCCAAGCUUCCCUAAUCACCUUCUAAUUUGUAUUAUAAAACUUAAAAAAAUGGGAAUUAAAACCACUUGAAAACUUAAAACAUAGACUGCAAACCAAACUUAUUGCAACCUCUUUCUUACAAAUCUCGAGGACGAGAUUAUUUUUAAGGGGGGUAGAAUUUGUAACGCCCAAAAUUCUAAUUUGGAUUUAUUAAGAAGAUUCUUCCAAGAACUAAAUAAAUGUGGGAUCCUUAUAUAAGUUUAGCUAUUGAAUAAUGUACUUAUAAAUGUCCUCUAAAAUAUUCAAUUUAAGCUAUAUUAUAAUAAAGAUUAUUCCCUAGAAAUUAUUUUCUACUAGAACAAAUAAGUAAUGAUUAUUGAGUUUUGAAGUAAAGUUUUGAUUUGACUUCACGUUUAAUAGGGACAAUAUAUGUGUGUGCAUGGCAUCUUUAAAAAAAUAAUUUCCCAAAUAAAGGAAUAAAAAUGGUUAAUUUAUAUCUCAUGUUGGGUUUCUUCGAAUGUUGCAUUAUACUGAAAAUACUAACUCAAACCUUAAAGUAAACUUUAAUUUGUAAUUUAAAAUAACCAAGAAAAUGGAAAUAAGAAGAGAAAAUCAGAAAAAAAGGACUCCUCGUAGCUCCCUAACCGAAGACUCCAUCAGCCCACCCUUUCCUUUGUGAUGCCAGCCCAUGUCACUCUCGCAGGUCAGCCUAGAGUAAUCAGUGGAGCAUUUUUUUUCCUUGCUUUAUUACCCAUGCCGGAUGCAGCAUCUGCAUGAUCUCAUGUGGUGAACACCUCCCCACAAGCUGCCGUAACAAAAGUAUCCUCUGGGAGAUCUCGAUCCUGGCGAGAUUCGGUCCGCAUCCACCGUAUGCGCUAGGAUCGUUAGGAUCACAAAAGAUUCUCUCCUCUGAACCAAAUUGAUCGGACCCCGUUCCCUCUCCUGGGUAUAAAACCCAAACCACCCCAACGCCGAGACAGCAUGUGCCACCAUUGGCAGGUAGUCCAAACUACGUGGAAGUAUGGGGCCGUGGUAUCUCAUCUGCUCCAGACGCUCCCCGCCGCCAACGAUCUGUGUGCUGCCAUGGCUAACUCAGCGGCACCUGGUGGAAUGAGGCCGUUCCUGCAGGCCGUGUCUGCAGUCCUCGUGGAGGCGCGGACGUCGCUCCGUGUCGCUCAGAUGGAGGGCAGUAGCCUGAAUCCGCGUCGGCGUCAAACUCCGCCGCGGUGUUGCCGAGCGCCGCCGUGGUCGGGUUCUGCAUCGUGGGCAGGCUCCCUCCGUACCUCAAAUCCCGCGUGAGGUCAUGAGUCACCUGAAGAGAAAGUUGGUAACUGGAUUCUCAAGUGCCAGGCAAGUUGUGCCCUUGAUCACUUCUUUUUACCCAGCCAUGUUCUGAUUAAUCAUAAUGAUAUG